UUGCCCUGAGGCGCCCAACCCGCUGACGCCCCAGUCGGAAAUGAGAACCUGGGACACCGGAACUGCCGGACGACGCAUCGCCCAGAGACGACGAUGAUGCCCCUCUCGGGCCAGAAGGUAGAGCUGCUCGCCUCGACGGGGGACACGACCGUCGCGCGGCAGUCGCCGCCGGAGGGAGCAGAGGACGCGACGUCCUCGCCGCGUCCCGACAGGAGAGCCGACGAUGGCGACGGCGGUCUGAGGGGGUACUUUGAGACGGCCCAGUGGACCGCCGACGGCACCACCAUCCUGACGUCCUCCUCCUCCAACCUCGUCUCCGGCUUCGUCGUGCCGGCGGACCUGCUCUCGCCCGCCGCCCGCCGCCCGCUCGCGCUCGUCCCGCAGGCCACCAUCCAGCUUCCGGAGCCGAGCAACGUCCUGGCCGGCGCGCCCUACUUCCGGCUCGCCGAGCCCUGGACGCAGCAGCUCCUCGUGUCGAGCUACGACCACCCGAUCCAGCUCUUCUACCUCUCCUCCGCCGACGCCUCCUCUUCUUCUUCGUCGCCCUCCCCGGCCGCCUCCUACCCCUUCGUCAAGGAGCGCUCCGAGACCUUCCUGGCCGCCACCUCCCUCGCCUGGCCCGCGCCCGGCACCCACUUCGUCGCUGGUGCCCGCAACCUGCUGGCCUGGUUUGACGUCGGCCGCGCCGGCGCCGGCACCGAGCCCCUCCUGCGCGUCAAGACCAUCCCCUCCGAGCGCCACCUCGCCAAGGGCGGCGGCGUCGGCAUGCGCGGCACCGUCUCCGCCCUCGCUGCCUGCCCCGCCCCCGACGGCCUCGUCGCCGCCGGCACCUGGACGCGCUGGGUCGGGCUCUACGACCUCCCGCGCGCCGGCGCCUGCGUCGCCACCUGGAGCGUCGCGCCCGCGCCCGUCGAGGCCGCCGGCGUCGGCGGCGACGGCGUCACGCAGACCCUCUGGAGCCCCUGCGGCCGGUACCUCCUGGUCGGGGAGCGCAAGUCGACCGGCGUGCUUGUCUACGACGUGCGCGUCGCCGGCAGGCUGCUCGGGUGGCUGUCGGACCGCGAGGCCCUGGGGAACCAGCGCAUCAACGGCGACGUGUUUGCCGGGCAGGACGGGGCCGGCUUCGAGGUGUGGUCCGGCACGACCCGCGGCGCCGUUAAAGUGUGGGAGGGCGUCGGCAACCGCGAGGGCGCGCACCCCCCGAGCUGGCAGUGGGCCGCACACCGCAGAUCCACCGUGGGCAGCACCUGCGUGCACCAGAGCGGCUCGGUUGUUGCUACCUGUUCUGGGUCGUGGGAGUUUCCCGAUAGCGAGGAUGGAAGCGAAAGCGAGGGCCGGUCUCAGACCGACGGCAGUAGCGCCAGCGCCGGUGAUGAAAGCCGGACCUCGAGGGAGGAGACAGCCUGGAUGCGCAGGCGGAAUAAGGAAAGUAGCUUGAAGAUAUGGGGUAUAGGGAGCAACGACGAGGAGACGGCGAGUCCCCGGGAAAAUACUGGAAGCGCUGAAUAGCCUCGUGGUCCUCUUCCGGGACGUCGUCGGGGGGUCUUAGCCGCCCUAAUAUAGCCUGCGCGGCGAAUGCAUUCAGUCCCGCACGCCUCAGGAAUAACUCCCACAGCGUCUCUCCUUGAAUUAGCGUGUCCUCUACCGUGGCCGCCUCCGGUGCGU